GCCUACGUAUAUUGAAAACAUUUGUAACAGCAAAAGAACCCUGUCUUAAUGUAAAUGAAAGUUCUCUGUUGUCAAAAUUAAAACUUUGUUUCAAAUAUAAUUAUAUUAUUGUUAUGCAUUUUGAUUUGCACUCACAGAUUCGGCAGAACAAGAAUGCCCUGGUUGUGGACUUUUAAGAGAUUGUGGAGAUAUUCAGAGUCUGGGGCUAAAGCAAACUGGUUCAUACCUGAUAUACCCAUCGGGAAAUGUUGGGAUUAAUGUUCGCUGUGAUAUGGACACAGGUAAUGGCGGAUGGACAAUAAUUCAACGGAGAACAUCGUACAGUGACUUCCACAAAACAUGGACAGAGUACAAAAACGGCUUUGGCGCAGUUGAUGGUAAUUACUGGUUAGGAAAUGACAAUAUAGCGACACUGACGGGUCUUGGUAACUAUACAAUUCGCUUUGAUUUAUACGAUCAAAGUAACGUCCACACAUAUGCGGUGUAUAGUACGUUUUCAAUAACCGACGAAUCUCAAAAGUACAGACUGACUGUAUCAGGCUACAGUGGAGAUGCUGGGGAUGAUUUUUCAUCACACAGCGGGAUGAUGUUUACAACAGAGGAUGAGGACAAUGAUAUUGCGGAAAACACAAAUUGUGCUAAAUAUUACAACGGCGGAUGGUGGUUUUCUAAUUGCCAUAAUGCAAACCUGAACGGAGAAUACGGAAGCACUGAAUCUGGGCACGGCAUUAUGUGGUAUUCUGUUACAGGUUUAACACAGUCAUUAUCGGUCACAGAAAUGAAAAUAAAACGAACAUGAAAA